AUGGACGAUUUUUUGACGUCCAGUUCGAUGGACAAACACAACGAGCAGCUGCUGGCGGGCCUCUCCGCACCCGUCGCGCCGGCGAAGAAGCCCGCGAUGAUGGCGCCGCCCAUGGCGCCGCCGCCGCAGCAGCCGUACGGCAUGAUGGCGCCGCCGCCGGCUCAGCCCUACGGGUACGGCGCGCCCGCGGCCUAUGGCGCGCCGCCGCCCCAACCGUACGGGAUGCCCGCCGCGCCGCCGCCGGCCGCGCCGGCGCCCGUCUGGCCGCCCGCGGGGGCGAGCCAGGUGCCCCAGGCCGGGCCGACGUACACGUCCUACCAGAAACCGACGGCGCCGCCGCCGGCCGCGCCGGCGGACCCGCGGCUCGCGGGCUACGCCGCGCCGGCGCAGGCGGGCACCGGAUCAAUGGGCUACGCCGCGCCGGCGCAGGCGCAGAGCCAGGCGAGCGGCGAUAUGCUCGGCGGCUACGACGACGACUUUUUCUCGGUCGGCGGGUCCACGUCCCAGGCGUCGCAGCCGGCGCGACGGGGAUCCGCCAUGUCGGUGGCCUCCGAGUACACCGAGGACGGCGGCAACGAGCAGCUGACGCUGCAGCAGCCGGAGUCGACGGGGUCGCUGCCGAAAUACACCGUGUCCUUCGACAGCGAGACGAAGCUCGGCAUGCUGCUGGAGCGGCGCGCGGCCUUCACGCCGGGCGCGACGUCCGAGCAGAAGAAGGCGCGGCCCGAGCAGACCGUCGUGACCAUGGUCAUCGAGGGCGGCGCGGCCGCGCAGAAAGGCGUCGCCGUCGGCUCGCGCCUCCUGCUGAUAAACGGCCAGGACGCGACGGCCCUGCCCUACGCGCGGUGCCUCGAGAUGGUCAAGUCGCUGCCGCGGCCGCUCCACCUAGUGUUCGAAAAGUCCAUGGCGGCCUGCGACUCGGCCAAGGGCUGGGUGCUCGUGAAAAAGUCCGCGGGGUCGGGCCCGCCGUCGUCGAUGGCCGGCUGGCAGCGCAUGUUCUUCGUCGUCGGCGGCGCGGUCGCGAAGCGCCACGUGCUCCAGCUGUACUCCUCGAAGGCGCAGUACGAGGACAUUGUCGUGCGCAUGUUCCAGGGCCAGCCGCUGACGGGCAUGAAGUACAAGGCCUACGCUUUAAGCGGGACAUUCAAGUGCUCGGCGAUCCAGUCCAAGGUGUACAAGGGCGAGCACCAGCCGGUCAAGUACUUCGCGUUGCGGAACCCCUACUCUCGGACGAAGACGAUGAAAUUCGCCUCGCAGAACCCGUCCAUCGUCGCCGCGCUCCACAACCACGUCAUGCGCUUCGCGACGAAGGGCUAGGCGUUUUGGAGUCCCCCUUCCCCGCCCCUUUAACAUCAUCUCCUGUUCUCUGUCCCGCUGCGGGUACGGUUC